AACAGGUUUCUCAUGUCAAAUCUAUAUCAAAAUGCAAGUGAUCCAGACGAUAGAGACGCAGUUACCCAUCCUGCGAGAGAGUUUCCACUCCUCCCCAUUUAGAGAGAGACGGACAGAGAGGAGAAAAAGCAGCCUCACAAAUCUCAUAAGAAGACAACAGCAGCUGUCUUCACGACCUGCACAUGCUAAGUUGAGCCGCUCCUCCAGCAACCCUUUAUGUGACCUGGCAGAGCAAACUGAUGAGAGAGUCCUUGAAAGAGAUGGAGAGAUCAGGAGGCAGGGGGAGCUGUGUCUCCGGCAGUCCUCGGCUACAGCGUCACUGCUCGCAUCAUCACAGCUGCUGCUCCUCCCGGUGGAAAGAGAGAGAGAUGGAUUAAAGAGAGAGGGGAGAAAGAGAGAGAAGCAAAAAGAACGGGAGAGUCAAUCCACCCACACACGUUCCCAGCAUGGCUUGAUCGCUAAAGGUGUGCACUUUCUGAGGACCAUGGGAAAUCAAGAGGCCAAGCAAAGAAAGUCCACUACCAACGUGGUUGCGGAGGGUCUUGGCAAUGGGGUGAGCUCUGAUGACCACGAACACCCUAAAAAGAUUAAGAAGUCCCAAAGCAAAGCCAGCAAAUUAUCGAUCGACUCCAGCAAGAAGAAAUACAAAUCCGAGGGCUGCAAAAGUUCUGUAUUUUCCAACAUCCGUAUCCGAAAGGGGCUUCGGAAAGGGUUACACAAAGAGGAUGUACUGGAUGGUGGGAUUAGGAUUAACGCAGAUGCCAAUGGAAGCAAUGAUGGCAGAAUGUCAGGGGAUGAGCUGGAGGGUCUGACGUCUGACAGUAAGCUAGAUCGAAAUCAAAUCACGGCCGAAAGCAGGCAGUCGACAGAAGAGGAUGUUGGGAGAGAGACGGAGGGGUCAGGGUCGGAUACAGACAUUUACAGCUUUCAUUCAGCAGCUGAUGCUCAAGAUCUGCUGUCGGAUAUCCAGCGAACUAUUAGUCUGCAGAAGCAGAGUGAAAGUGUUGCUGAGGGGAAGAAUUGUGAUGAUGGGGACCGAAAGGGUCAGAUAGGGUCUAAGGAUCAGGGUCAUGAGGUCAAUGAGGGUCCUGUUAGUAAAGGUGGAGAAAGAGUUUCUUACAUUAAAGAACAAAAUGUAAAAUGUAGUGAAGACACCGAAGGAGAGGUUAAUAAAACCACGUUCAGUUUAUCUGGUGACCAUAACAUGCAAGAUACCAUCACCAAGACAAGUAGCUUGCAGGGUAUCAUGGCUGUGAGCAAAUCUAUCAGUAACUAUAGUUUUCAAGAUACCACAGCAACAACCACCUCCUACGAGAGUGCAGAGGAUAUUUUUGAGAGUUCAUCACUAUCCCUUCCCCUUGAAGACUGUCACUAUGGUAACAGUAGCUUAACCCAAAGCCUAGAAGAAGGCCUGAUGAAUGACCCUCAAGUUGACCCCGCAUCAAAUGCCAUCCAGAUCAAUUUAAUGCCACAGAAGAGCAUCAGUAGCAUGGAGCUGAACAUCGAACCAUGUGAGGAUGAUGAUGCUAUAGAAGAAAAAAAGCGCGAGAAGACAACUCAGAGGAGAAAAAGCAGCGCUGCGUCUUUCACACAGUUCUCACCUGAGAGCUUUUUAGGCCCUCGUAGGACCUCCUGUACAAACCUUGGGGUUAAAUCGUAUCCAACGAUACAAACUUCCUAUGUUAAAACGACCACGAGACAGCUCACAUCACCCGUAGUUUCUCCAUGCACCACUCCUUCACCGAGCCCUCGUAGGGUCGGAUUAGAGUUAAACUUUGGUCAAGGGUCAAAGAAGGCAGGAAGCUGGAGAGCAAAGAGGCAACGGUCUUGCAGCAUUGCUGGGCCAGUGUGUUGUCAUGAUGACUGGGAUGAAGCUUUCCAUGGCCAGUCAGAGCUAAUAGAAAGAGGUUUUCAGACCAUCAGAACCCAGAAAGCAUCAUCCAUCUUUCCAGAUGCGUUCUCAGGUCGCUCUCUGCUAGAGAUGUGUUUAAUGCAGUGGGGUUGUACUGAAGAUGACAGUAGUGCACAGGACGUUGAGAGAUUCUGUUCCCGGCUUUUGGCUCUGGGAAUUUUACAGCCCUUCAGUGACUGCCUCAUGGAACCUCACACAGGAAGUGAUAUCACAGACAAGCUCACAUUUAAUACGGAUCAGCUGUAUACCUGGGCUUCAGUGGGACACAGUGAGAUCAGAACACCUGGGAGGUUGCAAAAACAGUGGCCCCCAGCCCCUUCUGUACCACAGGUGCUAAUAUGUGCAUGUGAUGGAUCCACGGAGCAAUAUGGGGUCGUUCCGGAAGGAAGUUCUGUUCCCAUUCAGGAGCUUGAGAGAACUAUUGAAGAAUUACUUGCGAAAAUAUCGGAUAUGGAAAAAGAGAAUACACUUUUGGACAGCGCCAAGUUUGGAACAAAGGAUGGACAAGAGGCUGGUUAUAAUCAGAUUAUCAAACAUUCACAGAAUAAAGUAAACGUACAACAAGUUUUGCAGAACGUGAAAGCCAUUCAAACUUCGCCUGUUGAGGAAGCCUUUAAAUAUCCGGUGCCUUUACCAGACCAAUCCAAGACUUCCAAAAUAAGUCACAAUGCCUCUUCAGCAAUGGGAAUGCCCCAAAUAUAUAUCUGCCAAAGACAGGAAGUCCCUCCUCUUUUACCUCCACUACUUCCAGUUUCAGUUGCAUCCUCAGUACUUAAACCACAAUCACAAUCGCAGCCAGGUGUAUCAGUACCUCCCCCCCUAGCUCCACCCCCACUCCCAGGUAUGACUCCACCCCUUCCUCCUCCACUUCCAGGUAUGCCUUCACUUGCUCCUCCUCUCUCAGGUAUGGCUCCACCUCCUCCUCCACUUGCAGGGAUAGCACCACCUCCUCCUCCACUCCCAGGUAUGGCUCCACUUGCUCCUCCUCUCUCAGGUUUGGUUCCACCGCCUCCUCCACUCCCAUGCAUGGCACCACCUCCUCCUCCACUCCCAGGAAUGGCUCCACCCCCUCCACCUCCACCUCCUGGAUGCGGACCUCCAGCACCUCCUUUCCCUCCUGGUUUUGGGCCCCCUCCACUCUUCAUGGGAUUGGUGCCACCGGGAAUGGCUCAGGAGGUUGCCCCCCUAAAGGCUGUUAUUGAGCCUCUGCGACCCAUGAAACCACUUUAUUGGACCAGGAUACAGCUACAUACCAAAAAGGAUGCCAGAAGCUCUUUGGUAUGGGAGAAAGUUAAGGAGCCAUCAGUUGACUUGGACGAAUUUGUGGAGCUGUUUGCCAAGAGUGCAGUAAAGGAGAAGAAAAAGCCCAUUUCAGACACCAUAACAAAAUCAAAGGCCAAACAAGUUGUCAAGCUACUGAGUAACAAACGUUCUCAGGCGGUGGGGAUUCUGAUGUCCAGUCUUCAUUUAGAUAUGAAGGACAUCCAGAAUGCCAUCUUGAACAUGGACUGCUCGGUGGUGGAUCUGGAAACGCUCCAGGCUCUGUAUGAAAACAGGGCUCAGAAAGAAGAGAUGGAUCAGAUUGAGAAGCACAUCAAAUCUUCAAAAGACAAAGAGAACUUGAAACCGCUGGACAAGCCUGAGCAGUUUUUGCUACAGCUGUCCCAGGUUCCUCAGUUCUCCGAGCGAGUUUUCUGUAUUCUCAUUCAGUCCAGCUUUACUGAGUGUAUUACAUCAGUUCAGCACAAGCUGGAAACCCUGCUGAGAGUCUGCACGGCUCUACAGUCAGGUCAAGGUGUUCUCCGGAUUCUAGGUUUGGUUCUUGCUUUUGGGAACAUUAUGAACGGUGGAAACCGAAGCAGAGGACAGGCAGACGGAUUUACUCUCGACAUCCUGCCUAAGUUAAAAGACGUCAAGAGCAGUGAUAAUUCUCAGAGCCUCCUGUCCUACAUAGUUGCUUACUAUCUGCGACACUUUGAUGAGGACGCAGGUAAAGAAACGUGCGUGUAUCCUCUUCCCGAGCCUCAGGAUUUAUUUCAAGCAUCUCAAAUGAAGUUUGAGGAUUUUCAACGUGACCUGCGCAAACUACGAAAAGAUCUUAAUGCCUGUUCUUCAGAAACCGAAAAGAUGUGCAAUGUGUCAUCCGAGGAGCACCUGCAGCCCUUUAAGGACAAAAUGGAAGAAUUUCUCGCUAGAGCUAAAGCCGAGCUUGAGCUCCGGGAGAAACAGCUCACUGACACACAAAAGAUCUUUAUGGAGCUCAGCGUGUUUUUCUCAGUCAGGCCUAAGGGAGGAGAGAACGAGGUUUCACCAAACACAUUUUUUACACCAUGGCACGAGUUUUCUUCAGAUUUUAAGGAAUUAUGGAAAAGAGAGAAUAAAUGCUUACUGCAGGAGAAGUUAAAAGCAGCAGAGAUGACUUUCAGGGAGGCACGAGAACAAAUUUCCUACACCAUCAAACCUAAACAUGCAUCAGGAAUAAAAGCCAAGCUGAGACAGAAGAUGUGAAUUUCUGUGCUACCUACAUUACAGUAAUUGCAACAAAACUCACAUGUUUGAUUGUUCUUACUUUAUCUUCUUAAUUUAUUCAACCUAUGCCAAACUUGAUAGCCGGAUACUAAGGGGCAGUUUCCCAGACAGGAUUUAGAUUAAUCCAGGACUAGGCCUUAGUUAGGACAUUUUAAGAAGUUUUUACAAACACACCUUACAAAAAAUAAUACUGGUGUGCAUCUUGGGACAAAACAAUGGCACUGAUAUAUGUUAAGAUAUGUCAGUGCAAGGACACAGGUAUUUUUAUAAACCUGACUUUUUUUAAGCGGUUCAGCCGUUCGUCCACACGGAAACGCAGUAUGACGUCACUGAAACCGAACAUUUUGAAAACCCCUGCCAGGGUGAGUAUUUUAAGAAACGCCGGUGUUGUCGUGUAGACGGUAAAACCGAGGUUUUUGCCUUGCAACGUCACUUUUGUUAGGCUUCUGAUUGGCCAAGGUGGCUUUACGAUUUGAGUUAUAUCACCGCCUGCUGGUAUGGCAUGCUCUUGUGUUUUUGCAUGUUCAUGUAGGCGGAGAUUUCUUUUAAACCGAGCAUGUGUGAAUGGGGUUUUUUUAAACCGCAAGAAGAAAAACUCCGGUUAUAAAAAUACCCGUGUCCGUGUGGGCUAGGCCUAAGACAGCCUAAACGUGUAUUUUAGUCUGGGACUAGGAAAAGCCCUGUCCGGCAAACUGCCCCUACAAGUUUUUUUACAUUACAUGAAUAUGGUUAUUAAGGGUGUGACAAGACACUUAAAGGAGCAUUUCACCCGUAGAAACAUUAAUCUUUAUUGAAAGUGUGUCAUAUUUGUAGUCGAAACAUACAUUUUGAUAUUUGUAGUCGAAACAUACAUUUUGAAUUUGGUGCCUAUUUGACCGAGAAAAGGGGUGUUUGUAGUCUCAUCCCCUCAACAAAGAUAUUGGGCUUCCUUCUUUCAAUGAUGCAAAAUGAUGAUUUUACAUCAUUGAAAGAAGGAUGUGCAACACUGAAAUCUGUAUUUCUCCUGUCUCAGUGGCAACUGAGGAAAUAAUGCAUGACCAUUCAAAAACAUGACUGGGGUUCUAACUAUACAAAGCUUAAUGCAAAUGGGUGAAGUGUCCCUUUAAUCCACGAGACGAGACUCGAGAUUGGGUUUACGAGAACGAGAUGAGAUUUUUUAAAAAUUUAAGUGAAAAUAAAUGAAUGGGAAACUGAAAUCACAUUAUUUUUAACUAAUCUAGGACUGUGAGCAAUAACCUUUACAAUUUCAUCAUAAUCACAAUGCAAUAAUAAUUGUGUCAAGUAAAUCAUCUAAACAAGUAAACACAUUACAGUAAUAUGUAGCCUUAUAUGCUUACUUUUAGCCAAACAACAUUUAAAUCCAUUUAAAUCUUUAAUAUUUGUCCAAUUAUUUACAAUAGAAAUGAUACAGCCAAUGUUAUUCUUAAGCAGAACAUGCAGAGAUAAAUCAUGUAAAGUCAGAGUGAGGGUUUAAUUUGCUAAGACGCUUCACAUCUGUCACUGAUCAACAGACAAACACAACACGUCUCAGAUGAACAUUAUUGGAAACCCAAACAAAAAAUCACACGCAGUAAAAGACUGAAUAUAAUGCAUGCACAUUGGACUGGAAAAGGUUUAGCCAGAAACUUAAAUUCAUGCUGAUAUUAGGACAGUGGCCGUUUCUCAAACAGAAGCUGCAGGCUGCAUACGUCAUCAAGUUUAUUUCAGUUAACUGAGCAUAACAUUUGCAAGUCAUAAAGAUAUUACAACAAUAGUAAACUUUAUAAUUGUUAAUAUUCUGUAAUAAGACAGUCUAUGUGUAUGCAGUCUACAAAUGCGACCUCCAAAGGAUGCAGCAUUUUGUUUGAGAAACGGCCAGCAUUUUACCUCCACGAGAAAUCUCAUGAGAUAAUUAAUUUUGCGAUACAUGUUUAAUCUCAUUACACGAGAUCUUGUCACACCCCUAAUGGUUGUAUUUAGCUAUUUAUGCAAUUCUGUAUAAAGACAAUUAAAGCUUAAGCAUAAGAUAUUGGAUAUAACAAGCACUCCUAUUUUUAGAAAUAAGGGACAAUACAAUGUUCAAUAUUGUCCCGCCUUCUUGUUAAAAGAACUAAUCAUCAAUAGAUAAAGACUGACUCUCUAGAGGAAGGGCUCUGUAAAGAGUCCCAUGAGUCCGCAUGUGCAGUACUGUAGCUGAAACGACUUCGAAUAAAGGCAGUUUUAAUACAAUUUGAAUUUAUGAAACAAAAGUUAUAGCACAUUUGAUGUCAGGUUUGUUGGUCAGAAAUAUGUUGUUUAAUUGCGAUUUUGGAGAUAUCUGUCUAGUAGGCAUAGCAAAUAUGGCUGCCUAGUGGUCCUUAAGCCACAAAAAUAAACAAUUUAUAACUUAGAUUUGCAGAAGCUCAUGCUAAAUAUGUUGUAAACCCAUAACCAGGUCUGCACACAACCUGCGCGCUUUUAACAAAAUCCGUUGAAGUUUUAUUGGUGUCUAAAGAUGCUCCAAAAAUUCUGUGCAGGCACAGAAUUAAAGAGAAUUUUUACUAGACAAGAGAUUACAUUCAAUUCUGAAUAUAAUGUUUAUGUAAUAUGAAAAUACAAUUAUAAGUGAAAACACUUAUAUCUGGUGCGUAUAUCUUGGAUAUGCAUAAAGUCAUAAAACAUAUUUAAAAUAUUUAUUUGUUAAAGAGAGUCUGGCUGAUUGUUUCACUUACUGUAUGUGAUCAGAAAAACGGAUAUUCUCUACUGAUUAACUGAAUCUUAUAUUGUGCAUCCUCAGCACAAGUAUCCAUAUUUGUGACCCUGGACCACAAAACCAGUCAUAAGUAGGACUGGUAUAUUGUAGCAAUAGCCAACAAUACAAUGUAUGGGUCAAAAGUAUUGAUGCAUCAGUAAAGAACAUGUUACAUGAAGAUAUUUUGUAUAAAUAUAUAAAAUAUCAUUAGGAAUAUGUUUUUCAAAAAUGACUUAAAGGAUAAUUCUG